AUGUUCAUAGUUUACUUGCUCAUUAUAGUUGCAUUUGCCACGCCCACUUGGUGUGAGCAUACACGAUUCAAGUCAGUUGAAUGCCAAUCGGUCGAUCCCGAAAUUAUUGAAAUCAGAAGCUGUAUUCUAAAGCCGGUUGGGCGUGGCGUUAAAGAUAUCUAUGUGGUUGUCAAAUUACUGAAGGAGCCCGUGACCAAUGCUACGGUUCGUCUGGAGUUGAGGCAUCGCGGCUAUGACAAGCCCGUUUUGUAUUCAUUCGCCGUGGAUGCGUGCCGAUUUAUGAGUGCCAGCAAUCGUAAUGUCCUCGCGAAUGCUUUCUAUAAAUUUCUCAAAUUCGACGUUUACACCAACUUGAAUCAUUCGUGUCCGUUCAGAGAUGAAUUGAUCAUCGAUCAUUUACGCUUCGAUGAGAAUUUCAAUUUUCCAGUACCCAUGUCCUUGGGCAAUUAUAAGCUAAUGAGCUAUUGGUAUACAUACAAUGUCCUGCGCCUUACCAUCCAGUUGAACUUUGAGAUCACAACUUAA